CACAGAGCAAAGAGAGAGAAAGGGGAAGAGACGCCUUUUUUUGCAGCUGAUUCGCCCUGCUCUCUGAGCUCAGCAACUGCUAAGUCGAAGGCAGGAGAUCCUGUGGUUCUGGGAACAGCCGGACUCAAAUUCCCUUGGAUUUGCUGUUCCAGCUCCGGGAGAAAUCAAGGCACUGGGCAAUGCUGCUUCGAGUGACGUUAACGAACCUGUCCUAGCUUCUGCUGGCUAUAGGCCAUGAUUUUCCACUGGGAAGACCUAUCUCACGGCUGUCUCAAGGGAACUUGAUGGAAGGAUCAUAUUUUUUUAACAGGUUUUCUCAGGAUCUUGCUCAUUUCAGAGUUUGCUGCUGCUGCUUAUUAUUAUUAUUAUUUUAUUUUAAAUCCCAUGAAAAUCUAGGAACUCUGAGUCACUUUAUUUGGAGCUGCUUUGCUGAGUCUGGGGGUGGUAGUUAAAUAAAGAGGAGGAGGAGGAACGAAACAGAUGGGAUUGGUCAAUAUCAGAGGAAACUGGCCAGAAUUCCCCACCAGGAGAGGUGUCAUAGAUCCGAGCUCUUUCAUAUCUAUCGCCUCUCAACAGAAAACUAACCAGAGCUGGUUCAUCUGAGCUGCCUACACACUGGGGAGAUAAGACGUCUUGUUGUCCAGGAAAAUUCUGGAGCGACUCUCCUGUAUUGGUUCUGGGUGCGGUGGGAUUUCUGGAAAGGACGCAGUCACAAGCCACCAGGAGGCUAGUUCCAAAGAAAAACAAGAGGAGCGUGAGCCGAGAACUUGGUGACUCUAAGCGCCGCUGCUCACGGCCAGGCUCAGCCCAUGACGGCAGGGCCCUGCCCCAUCCUCAGCACCACGUCUCUUCCCAGCUCACCCGGGCCCUUCGUUUGUCUUUGCUGCCGAUGGCUGAGGAUGGUGGGGCCGUGGGCCUUGCCAAUGGUGGGGCCGGGAGCCCCUCCGACACUGUCAAGCUCCUCAGAGCUCUGGGUCUUUGACGCCCCGUUUGGAUGGAAGAUGCUGCAGCGUGCCGGCAUGGACAGAGGCGAGCCGGCCGAAGCCGGGCGGCAGAGGAUGGCGUGUGGGAAUGCAGGCCUGCCAGAGGAGGCUCCUCUCAGGGAUCACAGCUGAGCCCCUCUCCCCAGCUCUGUUAUUCCCCAGGAGACCAGCUGGCCCGAGGACGAUGAGGUCUUUGUGACGGAGCGGCUGAGCCCCACCGCCAUGGCCACGUUCAGACCCGGCAACGUGGAGGAGCUCUACGAGCUGCUGGAGAAGCUGGGCAGCGGGCACUUCGGGGUGGUGAAGCGCUGCCGGAAGCGGAGCUCAGGGACUCUCUACGCCGCCAAGUUCGUGAAGAUGCGCAAGUGCAAGGGGAGCCGGCUGGGGCUGGACCGCGAGCAGGUGGAGCGGGAGGUCAGCAUCCUGCAGCAGCUGGAGCACCCCAACAUCCUGCGCUUGCACGACCUCUUUGCCAGCAAGGCCGAGAUGGUGCUGAUCCUGGAGCUGAUCCGUGGUGGGGAGCUCUUUGACUUCAUUGCCGAGAAGGAGACGCUGACGGAGGCGGAGGCCAUUGAGUUCCUGCAGCAGAUCCUGCAGGGCGUCGCCUACAUGCACGGGCGGCACAUCGCCCACUUCGACCUCAAGCCGGAGAAUAUCAUGCUGCUGGAGAAAGAUGUCCCCAACCCGAAAAUCAAGAUAAUCGAUUUUGGUCUGGCCCAAAAGCUGGAAGACGGAGUAACCUUCAAAAGCCUUUGUGGGACUCCACAGUACAUAGCUCCCGAAGUGAUUAACUACGAGCCCCUGAGCUCGGCGACAGAUAUGUGGAGCAUCGGCGUUAUUACCUACAUCUUGCUGAGCGGGAUGUCCCCGUUCCAGGGCGAGACGGAUGCCGAGACCCUCUCCAACGUCGUCGCAGGCAACUACGAGUUCGAGGAAAAAUUCUUCAGCGAGACCACCGAUAUGGCCAAGGACUUCAUCCGGCAGCUGCUGGUGAAGGAGCCUGGGAGUCGCAUGAGCGCGGCCGAGAGCCUCGUCCACCCGUGGAUCAAGCCCCUGAGCCGGAAGCAGGCCACCAACCGCAGCCGCUCCUCCAUCAACAUGAAGAACUUCCGCAAGUUCAACGCCCGCAGGAAAUGGAAGCUCUCCUACAACAUGGUGUCUGCCUGCAACCGGCUCUGCCGCCUGAAGCUCUUGUGUGGCCAGAGGACGGAGGAUGAGACUCUGCGCGGCUGCGAGAGUGACCAGGAGGACGAGGCCUCCCACCCGGUGACACUGCUGCGCCGGCGGAGAAGCAGCUGCUCCUGAGACCCGUCCCCCAACCACAGACUCCAGCAUGCUCCCGCUGCCCCCCCUCCACCCUCUGCAUCAGCUGGGGGGGGCAGCCACAGCCCCCGGAAGUGGGGAAGGGGGGAUCCAUGCUCACAGCCCUGUGAGACGAGGCACCCCUGGCCCCACCUUGGGCCCCAUCCCGACAGCUGGGCUCUGUCUGCUGAGGCCCAAAGGGCGGGAAGGGGCAUUGACUUUGAUUGGCAGGGACCGGCUGGGAGCAGGAGGGGGCUGGAAAUGGGAUCCUGCCUCUUUUCCUCCCUCCCCCCCCCCCCAAUGUCCCUCUCCAUCCGGAUGCCCGAGGACAGGGAGUUGGCUGCGGAUGGAGCUGGUGAAAGGGGAACACGUGUCAUCAGGAGAAGCUGAGGCUGGGGUGACCCCUGCAGCCCCUUGGCACCCAGUCACCGUGUCUGUGGGGCAAGGUAUUGGGGGUGUGGGAGAAGAGAUCCUGCUAUUAACCCUUUCAUUAUUCAAACAGAGCCCCCCCCCCCACCAUGAGGGCCUUUUGGGGUGCAUUUUCUGCACCCCUCUUAUGCUUUCCAAUAGGAACCCCCCCAUGUGGCUGUUCUGUCUGGCACUCAUGGGGUUAAUCCAAUGGGACACCCCGCCACACACACUUGCCCCAAUGCGUUAGGGGCUCUGUUUAUUCCAUCACUCAUGGGGUUAAUAUGAGUCUCUUCCCCUCCCCACUCCACCCUGCCUGCUGCCCCCCAGCGGUACCUUGGUGGGGGGAUGGAUGGCGGCUCCGAACGCGCUAGCGGCUGCAAGGUGGUGCCAGGUGCCUUCACCCAGCUGCAGCUGUUGAUGGGCGGCCAGAGAGCUGGGUGGAUGCCCCUUCCCCAGCACCCCACAAACCCUUGCAUGCUGGCCUAAGGUGCAUGGCAGGGCAGACCCCCCCCCCCCUUCCCCCGGCUGCCUGGGGAAGAUCUGCCCAGCUCAUUCCCCCUCUGCCUGAUUAUUUUUAAAGAAAUAAACGUGCCAAGUGUC